AAAUUUCAUUGAACGCUCGACAGUGCUGGUGACGAAAAGUGGUCUUCGGUUUUGCAUUGGAAUCGUUUUAGAGAAAAAUUUAUUUAUUUAAAAUACUACAUAUUUGUAAUUAAAAAGGGUAUUUAUUUUUAAGAUGAAUGAAGAAUAUGAUGCAAUUGUGCUUGGUACCGGUUUGAAGGAAUGCAUUUUAAGUGGAAUGCUCUCGGUGUCAGGCAAAAAGGUCUUGCAUAUCGACCGCAAUAAGUACUAUGGAGGUGAAUCCGCUUCGAUUACACCGCUAGAAGAAUUAUUUCAACGCUAUGACGUUGAAGCUCCUGGUGAAAAGUAUGGGCGCGGUCGGGAUUGGAAUGUUGAUCUCAUACCCAAGUUCCUUAUGGCAAAUGGUCAACUGGUGAAAUUGCUUAUCCAUACGGGUGUGACCCGCUAUCUUGAAUUUAAAUCCAUUGAAGGAAGUUAUGUGUACAAGGGAGGGAAAAUUGCCAAGGUCCCAGUUGAUCAAAAAGAGGCCCUAGCCUCAGAUUUAAUGGGUAUGUUUGAAAAACGUCGAUUCCGCAACUUCUUAGUUUAUGUGCAGGACUUCAAAGAAGACGAUCCAAAGACUUGGAAAGACUUCGAUCCAACAAAAUCAAACAUGCAAGCUCUAUACGACAAAUUUGGCUUGGAUAAGAAUACACAAGAUUUUACUGGUCAUGCGUUAGCACUUUUCCGAGAUGACGAGUAUUUGAAUGAGCCGGCAGCGAAUACCAUUCGUCGUAUUAAGCUUUACUCAGACUCUUUGGCACGGUAUGGAAAGUCACCGUACUUGUACCCCAUGUAUGGUCUCGGAGAAUUACCCCAAGGUUUCGCACGUUUAUCAGCUAUUUAUGGCGGGACUUAUAUGCUAGAUAAGCCCAUUGACGAAAUCCUUCUGGGUGAAGGUGGUAAAGUAGUGGGUGUACGCUCCGGAGAUGAAGUCGCUAAAUGCAAGCAGGUCUAUUGUGACCCCAGCUACGUGCCUGAUCGGGUACGCAAGAAGGGCAAAGUAAUUCGUUGCAUAUGCAUUUUGGACCACCCAGUUGCGAACACCAAGGACGCCUUGUCUACCCAAAUAAUCAUUCCACAAAAACAAGUCUCACGUAAAUCAGACAUUUAUGUAUCUCUCGUCAGCUAUACUCAUCAGGUAGCAGCCAAGGGCUGGUUUGUUGGCAUGGUGUCGACUACUGUCGAAACUGAUCAACCAGAAAAUGAGAUAAAACCAGGUUUAGACUUACUUGAACCCAUUGCACAAAAGUUCAUUACAAUCUCUGAUUAUUUGGAGCCAAUCGACGAUGGCAUUGAUUCGCAGAUAUUCAUUUCCGAAUCGUAUGAUGCUACUACGCACUUCGAGACAACAUGUUUGGACGUUUUGGAUAUCUUUAAGAGAGGUACGGGCGAAGACUUCGAUUUUUCAAAAAUUAAACACGAGCUCGGCGAUGAGGAUCAGUAAGUGCGUUUCACCAACAUUUUUACUAGAGACAGAAUCUGUUGUCCUCGAUGAUAUAGUCGCAGAAAAGUUAUGUCCUGAUGAAAGAAGAUGAAUCAAAAUUGCGCAUGAUAUAAAAAUAUAAUCACAUUACUAUAUUACUAUAAAUGCUUAAAUCAGCCAAACUGUUACAGCGAAAUAUUAAUAAAAGGUGAAAAAAAUAUGGAAGCUUGACACAUAUAUUGCGCCUAUUAUAAAACAUCUUUGCUAAUUCAUUAUAAACCAAAAAAUAUCACAAGAGAAAAUAAUGCACAUUCACCAUAUUUGUGUGAACGCAAUAGCUCCUUUUAAAUUUAGUUUCCAAUAAGAUUAUUUUCAUUCCAUUAUAGAUAAAGUUUCAUUUUAACGUAUUAUCAAUAUUUUCUUUUCUAAAACUGUAACCGCCGUAUGUCAACGUGUUUCCAUAUUUUUUUUUUUUUUGCACAGAAACAAAUAUUUUAUCAUUUGAAUAUAACCAUCCACAUUGAAUUUUGAAUGCAAUUAAAAAACAAACAAAAACAGGCGAUUGUGAAGAUUUGAUCCACUAAUAUAAUACGAGUAUAAUAAGCGCAGGGCACGAGUAACCGACAUUCGAAAAUCUUAUGUUUUCACAAAUGGAGUAUUGAAUUUGCAGUGGGUCUCAAGUAACAAUAAUAAACCAAACAAACUUUUCAACUGAAAAUUUGUUGUAAGAAUUGAGAAUAUAUGUAUAUCACAAUUUUGCUUGAAGUGCAUCAGAGAUUUCCAAAAAUUAUAUAAAUAUAUGAUUAUGGGAAUCGCUGCAACAUUAUUAAAUCAUGUUUUACUUAUGGAAGUUUGUGACAUCAGAUCGAACACAUGUAUGUAUAUGCAAACACGGUAUUUAAAAUAAAGGUUGGCAUUUUAAAAAUAAAUGGAUUUAUUUAAAAAG